AUGUCUACCGUGGAACGAUGCUACGCCAUCCUAUUCCGCCGAUGGGGAUCAGACAAGAUUUUCUUGCCACAACUCGAUAAGAUCCUAGGCGCUUGCAUCACCGCUCUGAGGCAGGUUCUCCACUGGAUAUGGAUUGAUGACUGUUGUAUCAAUAAGUCCGAUAAUAGUAGGCUAUCUAAAUGCAUCAAUUCCAUGUUCAAAUGGUCUAGCGACGCUGUGAUAUGGUUGAUAUCUCUCUGA